GUCAAUAAGACUAGCGAGCCUUUCAAGACAGAGCGAGGGGGUAAUAAAACCAGAGGCCGCUGCCUCUGCAGCGUUCCAUCGCAAUCCUGACGAUCCGUCAAAGGGAUUCUCUAGAAAGUGUCCAAGUUUAUUCUUUAUAGGGAACAGUGAGACGGCAACAGAAAACUCCCCAGUCCUGGAAAUCUCUCUCUGGAGAGCCACCAAAGUCUGGGCCUGUUCAUUUUCUGGAAGUGAAACUGAAGCGGAAGCCUGGAUCGAUGUCCCACCCGUUCCCACCCACCCGCAAGGAAUUCAUGAUCACAUGACCCUGGAUAUGGACGUCGUCCUAUCGGAUUUUGUACGCUCAACAGGGGCAGAGCCAGGAUUGGCAAGGGAUCUUCUUGAAGGGAAAAACUGGGACCUGAGCGCCGCCCUGAGUGACUUUGAGCAGCUCCGGCAGGUGCACGCCGGGAACCUUCCCCAUUCCUUCAACGAAGGCCGGGCCUUCAAGCACGUGGAAAAGGACGUGGCGUGGCCCCCGCGGCCCCCACUCCAGCGCCAGGAUGACAUUGUGCAAGAGAAGCGCCUGUCUCGCGGCAUCUCUCAUGCCAGCUCCACCAUCGUCUCCAUGGCUCGCUCUCACGUCUCCAGCAACGGGGGUGGGGGCAGCGGCGGGGGGAUCGGCGGCAGCGGGGAGCACCUCCCAGAGAUGCCCAUCUGCACCUUCCAGCUUCCCGACCUGACCGUCUACAACGAGGAGUUCCGGUGCUUCAUCGAGCGCGAUCUCAUCGAGCAGUCGAUGCUGGUGGCGCUGGAGCAGGCUGGUCGUCUGAACUGGUGGGCCAAUGUCGAUCCCAGCUGCCAGCGGUUGCUCCCCUUAGCCACGACGGGUGAUGGGAACUGCCUGCUCCACGCUGCAUCGCUCGGCAUGUGGGGUUUUCACGACCGGGAUCUGAUGCUCCGCAAAGCCCUCUACGCCCUCAUGGACAAAGGGGUGGAAAGGGAGGCCCUCAAGCGGCGGUGGAGGUGGCAGCAGACGCAGCAGAACAAAGAGUCCGGCCUUGUUUACACAGAAGAGGAAUGGCAAAAGGAGUGGAACGAGCUGAUCAAGCUGGCUUCCAGCGAGCCACGCAUGCACUACGGCACGAAUGGGGGGAGCUGCGGAGGUGUGGAAGGCUCCGAGGAGCCCGUGUACGAGAGCCUGGAAGAGUUCCACGUCUUCGUCCUGGCCCACGUGCUCAAGAGGCCCAUCGUGGUGGUGGCGGACACCAUGCUGCGAGACUCUGGAGGGGAAGCAUUCGCUCCCAUCCCCUUUGGCGGCAUUUAUCUGCCCUUGGAGGUCCCCGCCAACAAGUGCCACCGCUCUCCCCUGGUCCUAGCCUACGACCAGGCCCACUUCUCUGCCCUGGUAUCCAUGGAGCAGAAAGAACCUCCCAAGGAACAAGCUGUGAUCCCGCUCACUGACUCCGAGCACAAGCUGCUCCCAGUGCACUUUGCUGUGGAUCCUGGGAAAGACUGGGAGUGGGGUAAGGACGACAACGACAAUGUCCGGCUGGCCAGUGUGACGCUCUCGCUGGAAGCCAAGCUGCACCUACUGCACAGCUACAUGAAUGUAAAGUGGAUCACGUUGCCUUGCGAAAUGCAGGCGCCUCUCGCGCAGCCCGAGUCGCCAACUGCUUCCGCAGGGGACGAUGCCCGGUCUGCGGCCGACUCGGGCGACUCGGACAAGGAGUCUGUCUGCAGCAGCUCUGCCAGCAACAGCGGAGGCAGUAAGAGCAGCAGCAAAGAGAAGGAGAAGACCAAGAAGGAGCGGGAGAAGGACAAGGAGAAGAAGCGGGCUGAUUCGGUGGCCAACAAGCUCGGCAGCUUUGGCAAGACGCUGGGUAGCAAGCUGAAGAAGAACAUGGGGGGCCUGAUGCACAGCCGGACGGUCAAGGGGGGCGUCAGCAACGGGCAAGGGGGCGAGACCCUGGAGAAGAAGAAGAAGAAGGGCUCUGUCAAGGUGAGGAAGGGCAGCAAGGACGAGGCGCUGUCCAGCGACUCAGCCACUCCGCCAGAGAAGCCCUGCGCCGCGGGCAAGGCGGCUGCCGAGAAGCCGCCGGACGGCUGCAAGUACAGCAGCGACGUCCGGCUGAGUUUGAGCAUCCUGCGGGCCGCCAUGCAAGGGGAGCGGAAGUUCAUCUUCGCCGGGCAGCUCAAGACCAGCCACCGGCACCCGUUCCAGGAGGAGAUGAUCCAGCGGUACCUCUCGGAUGCCGAGGAGCGCUUUUCGGCGGAGCAGAAGCAGAAGGAGGCGGAGAGGAAGGCAGCCGCGGUGCUAGGCAGCGGCGGGACGGCGGCCAAGAGGCCGGACUCGGACGGCAACCCCCUCAAAGGCGAGGAGGGCUUGCUGGGCACGGCGUACCCUCCAGGGCUCCCUCCAUACGGGCUCCAGAGCCCUGACCUGGCCGCCGUGGGGGCUAAGAUGGCCGGCUUCCCCUCCAGCUACUCAGGGGUCUUCACCAUCCCUCGCCCAUCCAUGACGGGUGGCGUGGAGGGCUCCCACCCGCCCAGCUACCAAGAGAGCCGGAGGCAGCUUGCCGGCGGACCCUGCAGCCCCCUGCCGCCCUAUGCCACCUUGCCCAGGCACUGCCCGCCGGGCCGCCCUCACCCGUACCAGACCAGCCCUUCCCACCUGGGCGGGCGCUUCUCUCCCACCGAGACGGACACGCCCCCCGGCUACGUGGGGGCAGACUGCGACCCCUUCUCCCUGCCCGGGCCUGCCCGCCAACGGCUUCCGGGAGUACACGGAGGCGGGCGGCUGCUCUCCAAAAGGCGGCGAGCGCAGCAAAGCCCGGCUGCUCUACAACCUCCAGCAGACGAAAUGCAAACAGCCGAACUGCAGCUUUUACGGGCACCCGGAGACCGGGAACUACUGCUCCUGCUGCUACAAGGAGGAGCUGAAGCGAAAGGAAAGGGAGGCCUUGAUACACAGGUUCUGAAGGGCCGGGCACUGGACUUCCUGGCCCCCCGGACCCACGCGAUCCGUGGGCAAUGCAAUAACGCGUCAUCCCUUCCCCUCGCGCCCCUCCCUCCCCGCCUCGUCGAGGAGAAGGGCUGGCUGGUGUCAGAGGGGGCGGCAAGCUGCUGGUGGGGGGCGUGGGGUGGAAGGCGAGACCCCCCCCUCGCUUCCGGGGGGGGAGCGUGGAGAGAGGGCAGCGAAUGCUGUUGGAGAGCAGAGGGGAUUGGCAAAGGGUUGGAGGAAUCGGGAAGGUUUGAGUUUUGCAGGUCGGAAGCCGUCAAACCGAACAGAUCUUCUAGACCAAAGCUUUGAAUUCCAAGGGUAAAACAUACAUGGUUUUGAAAGGGGGGGGGCCUUUCUCUCUAUCUGCCCCAGACGUGAUUUUCCUUUUUUCAUUUCAAAGGGAUUAAACCCGCCAUCCCUACAUUUCCCCCCAAGUUUGAAAUCUUUUUUUCCUCUUUUUAUUAAGUAAUAUUAACCAGCUUUUUUGAUUUUUUUAUUUAAACAUUUUUAGGUUUUUCUCCCACCCCUUAAAACAUGGCUUUUUUUUAAGUCGGAAAAAGGAUCUUUUCCCCUUUCUCUUGAGUCUCAACACUCCUGUUAACCUAUGCCAUGUCCAGAUUCUGCCCCUCUCCUUCCCGCAAUCCUCUCCGGUCUGUCGCAGCUAGCUUCGAAGCCUUUUUAGAUGAGUUGGGCUUGAGAUAUUCUUUUUAAAAAGAUAUAUUUUUUAUUAAAACAAAACAAAAAAGGACCCUCUCUUGUAGGGAGCUGCGGGUGGGGUGGGCGGAGGGAGGGAACCAUCAAGUCGCAAUACUGAGUGUGUGUGUGUGUGUGAUUGAGAGAGAGUUUUUUACUGUGCAAAAAAGCAAAAAAAAACAAAACCCAAGCCUGUUCUUGGUCAUACCUACUUUGGGGGAAUGGGGUGGGAAUAGAAACCAGAACUUGAAUUGGUGGGGACUUUGUUAAGAGCAAUAAACCUCUGCAAACAACUUGAAAACCGGGGGAGAUGGGGCAAAAGAGAGUUAUGUGGGCAUCACUGUGGUUCGAUUUCCACGGCCCCUCUGCAAUGCCGGUUACACGUGAGUGUACAAAUUCUCUUACCUGCAGAGAAUCACUCCCUUCCCUCACGAGCUAUUUUGUUUUCUUUCGUUUUGUUUUUCUCCUAGACUACCUCUGUUCUGCUGAGUAGAAAUAAUCUGGCUCUCUUUUGCCGAGCCGAUACUUUGACUGUGGGAAUGACGAGUAAAAAUACUAAAGAAUUAUACAUAUAUAUUUUUAACAGGGCUCUACAUUUGUGUUAGAGGGGAGGGGUGGGUAGCGGGCGGGAGGGAUGUAAAAACAGAAAACUAACUAUACACUAUAUUUUUCUCGUUUUGGGGGGCGGGGGAGGGAAAUGACCCCCCCCGUUUCCCCACAAAUCCUGCCCUUCCCCCAAGCCCCUGUAAAUCUAUGGCGUUUUUAGAAAAUUCCUUCCCCCCGCUACACCUACCGUCGCUGCUGCAAUGCGAAUGUUUAUUUCCCCAGGGUAGGGAACGGCCUUGGAAACCUCCGCCUGACACGGGUUUGAGCGGGAGCCCGUGAAAAGCGAAGAACGGGGGGCCGUAAAGUGGGCAAGAGCCGAGGUCCGGUGGGGAGGUACAUCUGACUCGCUGACGAGUCUCCGAAACUAUGCAAUUCUUUUUCCACUCCAAAGCUGCCAGGGUAGGACCAAGAGGGAUAAUGCAAGUGUACUUAAAAAAAUCAGAACGACUGGGCAAAAGACAAAACAAAACUCGGGUAGUUUUCUUAGCUCCUUUGCGCUGCCUUAAUGGGAAAGGGGUGGUUGUCUGCAUGGCUUUGUUUAGAGGAUGGGGCAAAAAGGAUUGUGCCCAUACAGACCGCCGGGCUCAGCCUGUUGAGGGCUCGGCUGCCUCGUAUGAAAGGGGAGUGCGAUUUUGUGGGGAGGGUCCUCUUCCAUGUGGGACAAAGGCUCUGCCCUACCUGUCCCCUUCGCUACAGUGGUGUCCACUGGCAAUUUCAAAUCUUCACGGAUUUCAGAGCGGAUGGGGUAUUUUCCCCCGGUCAGGGGUGGCUGCGUGGAGCUAGCAGAAGACUGGAGUGGGGGGCAAUAGCAGAUGAAUUAUUGGGGCGCGGGACUCCCUGUCUGCAGUUCUCCACUCCGAUGGAAGAGGCAAAGGCCUGUGCAAAAAUGAGGAGCCUUUGGCUUUCUGGACAUGGCCGAACUACAACUCCCAUCAGGGGCAGUGAUGGGAGUUGCAGUUCAACGGCACCUGCGAGGCCAAAAGAUAUCACUCCAGGGUCAGGAGAUGGAUGGAGAGCCUGCAUCCCUCCAGCCACCAUAACCCUCUGGCCCUCGGUUGUGCCAGCUGACGGGGAGUCGAGGGCCGCGGACAUUCCUCCCUUUAUUUCAGGGGGUAAACAAUUUGGGUGCUUGUUCCUGGGGGGUCUAGCCUGCCUAGGGCGUGGGUGGCCAAGCCAGGGCCUCUUCAGUGGAAACACCUGGAGAGAGAGAGAGAGAGAGACCACCCCAGGUAAUUUUCGAUGCCUGAAGCAUCCUUUGCUAAACGACAAGAAACUCUUUGAAGGAAGGCCGCCUUGAGUUGUGCUCACAGCUCCAUAACGCACAUAGUUAAAAUGAAAGGCAUCGCUGCCUAGCUGGGAAGUAGCCAAAUUUUCUUUGCUCGUCACACGUGUGGGCUGUGUGUGUGUGUGUGUGUGUGUGUACAUGUUCUUUUCCACCCCCUAAAAUAUCUCCCAAGUACAGGCAUAGGCAAACUUGGCCCUCCAGCUGUUUUGGGACUACAACUCCCAUCAUCCCUGACCGCUGGUCCUGAUAGCUACGGAUGAUGGGAGUUGUAGUCCCAAAACAUCGGGAGGGCCGAGUUGGCCUCUGCCUGCCCAAGCAUAUUUUCCUGGGGCUUUUGGAUGAAACGGUUGCAUCUAUUGUCAUCUUUCUGCCCACCUUUGAGUGCUUUGGGGUUGGCCAGCGGGAGCAUUCACUGAGGGUGGUGGUUGUUGUUUUCUACAAAGUUUGAUCUGUAUUUAAAACGAAAACCCCUUCUGAAUGAAUCAGGCCGUUAAAGGUGGAUACGUGUAUGUAUGUAGUCUGGAAAGGGGGAAUGGCGAGGUUGGAAGAUUGGAUCGUGGAAGGUUUUGCAGUCAUUUGGGGAAAAAACCACCCAAAAAGUCAUUUUUUUGCUUUAAGUAGUAACCCAUGUUUCCCAUCUGCUAGAGUAUCUUCAGGCCAAAGUUAGGGUAAUGUCCAUUCAUUUUCUCUUUGCGUUAGGACAGCAUGGUUGGCGCCCACCCAAGUCCUUGUUCAGACCCUCUUGAUAUUAAUGGACCUAAACUAGUCAACACGGAUGAAUUUCUAGGGGUCUACUCUGUUUAGGGCUAACAAGUGACUUAUAGCCCUUCCCCCCCUCUAACUCACAAAUUAUAAUUUCUUGAGAUCUCGCCUCAAUGGUUAGUCACUGGUCUCUUGUGUCUGGUCUUAUUUCAUUAGUAAUAUUAUUAUUUCUGCAAUUAGGUUGUAGUACUUUUUAAAAAAUCAAGGGAGAAAUGAACUUGAAGCAUUUUUGAGUUUGCUUUUUCUAAAAAAAAAAAGUAUUUUUCUUCUGUGAACACCAGAGUGCAAACUAACGCCCAAAUUCCAAAGCCUUUCCCGCCUUAAUGACAUCACGAUGAAUUCUAAUUAAUUAACUUUCAUAUACUCGGGGGGGACUCUGAAUCAGUGUAGCUGUGUCUGACUAGCUUUCGUUUUUUAAAAAAUAAAUCAAUUUUUUUUCUAAUAUUCCAUCUUGUUUCCUUUAUGGCGAACAUCUCUUCCCACCCCAACCUCAUUCUUCAUUCCUUAAAAGGGAAUAUUUUUAAAAAGACGUCUUAUUUAUUGAACUGAUGCAAACCCCUUCUGUUCCCCCCCCCUAAAAACCCAUUGCCUAGGCAGCUGAAAACUACAAUAAAAAUGUUUUAUGGUACACUCCUCCCCCCUUUUUACUUUUUAGAAAAGGCUAGGUUGCAAGAGGGAGAGUUAAGCAGUCUGAAUUUCCAAGCACCUUUUCAUUUCAGAAACAUACAUUUUUUGUAGAAAGGUGAGGUUAGGGGUUUGUGUUUGUCUGUGUAUGUUUGUAAGGGGCGCGAGAAGAAUGGUAUGUUUGAUUGUGGUCCAGCCCCCUCUGGUGGACAGGAGUGGUUCUGCCACACCUCGGCCACACGUUUCCCACUGGGUUUCUGGGGGGUGGGAGGAUUGGGGUUGGAAAUUAAAACAAAAACACAGUUUUGCACGCUUUCUUGUGCAAAGGAAGGAAACGGGGUGAACCCCAAGCUGUGGCUUUUGACAUUUCUUAUGCUAGGACAUCCACUGGACUGUCCCUCCCUUUCCGCCCCCCCCUCCCCAAAUAGGUUAAAGCGGUUGGAAUGAACCCAAGUACUGUCAUUGCUCUAGAGGCAUAAACGUUUGAAAAAAAUAUAUAAAUAUAUAUAUAUAUAUAUAGAAAUAUGCACAACAAUACAUUUUGCACAGCAAAAAAAAAGAGCCUCAUUGGACAACGGUUUUUAGUUUCGUUUAUUCUAUGCGAGCUCAUUAACUCUUAAGGUUCUGUCUCAGUUUCUUUCAAUUUGCUUUUUUUUCCUGGAGGGGAGGGGGAGAUAGAAUGACUGUGGAGUUUGUUUGUUUUUUGUUGUUGUUCCAAGGGAUUAAUUAAAAAAAAAGUCCAGGGUAUAACUUUAACCAGCUUGUAGAGUCUCCAUAGAAAGGUUUCUCUUUUAUGGGUUUUAUUUUUCCUGCUAGUUGUCCGAGAAGUGACCUGAAUUAAUUCUCCCGUUGUUGUUGACAAUAAAAAAAAAAACUAUUUUUAAAGAAACCGCAACUUUAUUUAAACUU